GUCAACAGCCAGCCCGCCCGCAGUCCUCAAAGACCAAUUUAUUCGUUUAAUGAUCAUUCAGCAUUUCAGAUUUUCGCUUCUCUGUCCGUCGUGUAUUUUGUUGGGCUUUCAAAAUAUCGAAUAAUAGCGAAGAAGAAUAUUUUGUGCCAUUCUUCGAGUACUGAACGAUUGUUCUGUAUUUUUAAAUCGUAUUCACGUCUUAAGGUUUCAUUUACCCUACAGACCAGACGACAAUGGAGUUUAACUUCAACAUCGGGAAAGUGGCCACCGACGAGGUGCUGAAGAUAAAUAACACACUAACGGUCGAGGGACACGAGGAAAACGAUGAUUUGAAAAACAUAAUGAGAUUGAUCAUUGACGAAAUGGGUAAAGCAUCAGCUGUAUCUCAAGAGUUUAAGGUGCCAAUCACCAGCGCCAACAGACUUGUCAAUUCUGAUCAUGUAAUUUAUAUGAUGACCGAACACAAAAAGCCAGGUCAUUUCGCUGUUGUUGGAUUUUUGAAGAUGGGAUGGAAAAAAUUGUUUCUCUACGACAAACAGGCUUCCCGUUCAGAAGCCAGGGUCUACUGUUUGUUGGAUUUUUACAUACAUGAGUCCAAACAGCGUAAAGGUUAUGGAAUACGUUUAAUUCAAUGCAUGCUACAGGAUAUUGGUUUAGAAGCCAAACAUUUAGCUAUCGAUAAGCCAACUGAUAAAUUAUUGCAGUUUAUGUGGAAGCAUUUUCAAUUAUCAAAAUUGGUAAACCAAGAAAACAAUUUUGUUAUCUUUGAAGAAUUUUUUCACAAUUCAUCAAUAGCAGAGAAAAAAAAUAAUCGUGACAAUACUGGAAAUCGAGCUGUAGCAUAUAAGAGUCAACCAAUGUUUGGACGGCACGGAGCUCAUAAACAUCAUGAUUCAAUGGCUGAAAUUAUACAAGGUGAAGGGAACGCUGCAUUUGUUAAGUUCAAGUACAACCAAGACACUGAUUUUGUUGAUAACCAGUUCAAGGAAAAGAAUCCAAAUCCUGAGAGUAAAGGUGCUUUUAAGACUAACAUGGAUGGAUACUCGGUAAAACGAGAUCUUAAAUUCCAUCACAACUCUCUGUGGUAACUUAAAAUGAAAACCUAUCCAAUACAAUUGUACUAUCUCCUAAUGCACUAAAAUCACAACCAACUCCACAUUUCAAAUUGUAUGAAUAAUUAUAAACUCAAUUAUGAACUAAGACUAAAAUAUUUUAAUUGUUUAAAACAGGUAUAUUUAUGUUAUUUUACUACAAAAUGUAGGUUUUUCACUUAUAAUAUUUAACAUUUUAGUUUAUUUUUAACAGAUCUUAUUUGUAUAAUAAUUUUUGUAUUGAGACUAUUUGAGACUUCUUUUGUAGCAUAGUAAAGAGUUCAAACAUAUUUUAUUUUAAUAAAUAUUUUUGAUAAUUA